CCAGUGCCCAGUGUCCUGUGUAUGUAUUCUUAAAUUACAGUUUGCAUUACAAAGUUUGCUUAGUUAGCUAAUUAGUUAAAUGAGAUUAGCCUAGUCACUGCAAAGUGUAUCCCAUUAAAAAUCUGCAAUGCAUUGUCCCUUGUAUGACUUCUAGUGACCCUAGGACCCCUACCUUGAUUUUAGCUACCCUUUUGUAAACUUCCUUUAUGUAUGAUGUUGCAGUUUAAUGUGUUAUAUAAAGAGCCCAGGGAAUGAACAGGCCUGGGAACAUAGGUACACUCCCAUUAGCAGUCUAGAACGGUAGAAAGCCUAUUUGAAAUACAUCUGGUAUUGAGACCUAUACUGUCGCUUCAGAUUACGUUAGCUCCCAUAAUUGUAUGUUGCUGCUACAGUUGCUUGGUAAUGAUUAGGCCGCACUGUGAUGUUCACCUGCUGUUCAAGUCGGCCAGAAGCGAUGAUGUUCUUCUCUGUGUGAUUCCACUUUGAGACUGUUUUGUUUCCAGAUUUGCCUCGGGUGCAACAAAGAAUGAUGGCGUACUUCACUUGAAACAGAACUAACAGUAAAUGAAAGCCGGUGGGACCAGUUAGCACGACUAUUUGCGCAAAAGUAACUUAUGCCAAGUUUCAUUUGGCAUCGGUACUUCACGAUGAGCUAAUCUCAAAAAAGAUCCUUAAGUCAUCAAAUGGACCCAUUUCUGAGUCCACUUCUCCUUAGAUGCUUAAUUAUGACCAGGUGCUAGGACAAACAACUGGUGUCGCGUUACAGAUAUGUGGACAUGCGACUGAGAGAUAAUAUACAUUAACAACAGCAUGAGGAUGGAACACCAAAAAUGCCACAAAAUAUAUACAAAAGAAUGCAUUUUCUGUAUAUUAUACAGUAUAACUUAUUCACUAGUAACUCAAAGCUAAAACUAAACCUGGGUCAGCAUCUGAGUGGCCCUUUCAGAACUUGCAUAACACAAUAAGGAAGGUUAUUUUUGAACAUUAACACAUUAUCCUUUUUAUAGUCAUGACUUCCUGCAAACUGACUCUGAGUAAUGCACAUAUACCAGCAUUUAUUUUUGUGUUCUUACCUGUUAGUUCAUGUUUUGUUUACAAGAGUGCUGUUACACAUUUAGAAGGUGUGUGGGUGUGAUUAUGGGGUAUGGUGAGUACCAAAAUGUAGUUUUCUUGUUUUUCCACUCCUAUUGGUUAGGUGGUCAUGGAGUGUAGAGUCUGGAUUUGUGAAGGAGGUAAUAUAAGCUAAUGAAAUGUAUGACUGCUAAAUAAAAUAACGUUACAGUCUAACAAUCCAAGAGGUUUGCUCUUGCUUUGGCAUGACUAGUUAGGCUACAUUUUCAUGUCUUGACAAGAUGGGUGAUCAUAGUCUACAUUCACUGUACGACACCACAGGACCUUAUCAGGCCCUCGCUGUGGAUGAAGCACAGCUGGAUGUUCUGGGGCAGCGGAGGGAAAAGCAGUGCCGCUCUGUGUGGCAGAAGCUGAAGGCUGAGCUGCGGUGUUCUGGUCCUCGUGUGAAGAGCUGUUUUCUGUCUGGUGUUCCUCUUCUGUCAUGGCUCCCGCAUUACCCGUUCAAAGAAAAUGCUUUUGGAGAUCUGAUCUCAGGAAUCAGUGUGGGCAUCAUGCACCUGCCACAAGGAAUGGCUAAUGCUAUACUAGCUAAUGUGCCUCCUGUGUUUGGUCUCUACUCCUCUUUCUACCCGAUCCUCAUUUACUUCAUCUUUGGGACUUCUAAACACAUCUCAGUGGGUACUUUCUCUAUCCUCGCUAUCAUGGUCGGCAUCGUGAUAAAAGACAUGGAGUUUGCAGAUGACAGAGCAGAGAGAAAUGAGAAUGAUGCUGAGAUGGACAGAGUCAUUUUAGCCGCCCAACUGACCAUUCUGUGUGGAUUAAUACAGAUCCUGCUGUGUGUGUUGCGUUGUGGAGGAGUGUGUCGAUGGCUGUCUCGGCCAUUGGUCAGUGGGUACACCACUGCAGCUGCGUUCCAUGUGACCGUACACCAGCUCCCUUUACUGAUGGGCAUCUCUACACAUACACACAGAGGAUUUCUGGCCAUGGCUUGGACAUUCAUGGAUGUUUUGUAUCAUGUCACUGGAGCAUCGCCUGGGACACUAGUGGUCUCCUCUGUUUCCAUGGCGAUCCUUGCAGGAGGGAAAAUAUUGAACUCUCGGCUUAAAGGCCGUUUACCUAUGCCAAUUCCCUGGGAAUUACUGCUGGUUAUUUUGGCCAUUGUGCUGUCAGAGCAGUUAGAUUUGCCUGGACGGUAUGGUGUUCAGACAGUGGGGACAAUACCCACAGGUCUCUCUGCUCCAGCUCUCCCUACGCUGUCCCUGUCUAAGGAGUUGUUGCUGCCUUCUCUAGCUCUCGCUGUUGUAGGUUUUGGGUUAAAUGCUUCUCUGGGCACCAUGUACGCCCUUAAACAUGGGUACCGCUUCCAUAGCAACCAGGAGCUGCUGGCUCUGGGCGUCUGUAAUGCAGUUGGUGGGCUGUUUCAAUGUUUUGCAGUGAGCUGCUCCAUGUCCCGCAGCAUGGUGCAGGAGAGCACUGGAGGAAAGACUCAGGUUUCAGCUCUUGUAUCUGCUUUGCUUAUCUUGGCAGUUCUGCUGAAGUUUGGACCGCUAUUUGAAAAGCUUCCAAAGGCGGUCCUGGCUGUGAUUGUUUUGGUGAAUCUGCAGGGGAUUUUUGCUCAGAUCAAGGACGUGCCAAAACUCUGGGCUACAGAUCGGCUAGAUUUAUUAGUGUGGUCAGUGUCUCUGCUCUCUGCUCUGUUGUUGAAUCUGGAUGUGGGACUCGGAGCUGCUGUUGUGUUUUCCCUAUUCACUGUCGUCUUCAGAACGCAACGUCCCAGGUUUGCUGUUCUCGGGGUCAUCCCUGGCUCUGACUGUUAUAGAGAUGUGAGAGUGUACAUGAAGGUGAAGCAGGUUCCUGGAGUGACUGUGUUCUCCUGUUCAAAUCCUCUGUACUUCGCUAACACUGAUCUUUACUUCAGAUCACUAAGAGAGGCUGUAAAGACAGGUUUGAAGGAGAACCCUACAGUAAGUCCUCCAGGCCAACAGGGUGCAGUAUCUCAACACUGUGUCAUUCUGGAACUGAGCGGCGUGUGCUUUAUGGAUUCAACUUCCAUCAUCGUGCUCAGAACUGUGGUCGAGGAGUUUGAGGCUAGGCAGAUCUCUCUCUUUCUCGCUGCCUGUCCAGAUUAUCUCUUCUCUCAGAUGAAGGAUCAUGAUUUAGUUCCAGACUGUUUGGCGAGAUGUUGUUUUUUCCCCUCAGUGCACCAUGCUGUUCAGCACUGGCAGCAAAUACAGACUUGGACCCGCUGAAGACUGACAAAUUCAAACACUCACUCCUACAGAUGGACUGGAUUGACCCUUCAACUUUGACGGCGAUCCUUCUGCUGAUAGGUUUACAGGAAAGCUUUUGUAUAAUGUAUAGCCUCAUGUUUAAGAUUAAUUCCUUUUGAAUGGAAUGAAGUCUGUCUUAGCAUGCUCUGUUAGUUUUUAAAACAUCUGUAAUUCAUUCAUUUGUUUUGACUAAUAAACUUCCUUUUCCAGAGGAAUACACUGUUCCAGCA